AACCUGGCGAACGUGGCGACGCUGGGCCGUCACAGAUCAAAAGUGCAGCCUCCACUAGUGGCACUAGUUCCCGUCGCCGCCGAGCCGUGACUGAUCCUGACAAUUGUCGGCGACUCGGAGUUGAUGAACAGUUCAUCAAAUUUCGGCCUUCGCCCAAUUUCAAAAAUAUGAAGAAGUUCUUGAAAUAUAAAAUUGAUUAUUCAGAAUCAUCAAGUCAGUCUCCGCCAAACGGCAAUUGUGAGCAGACUACACCGAAUAUGUCAGAGAGCCCACCCAGCAAUAACCAGCCGAUGGAAAAGGAGGAACAGCCUUCCCCUGCGAAACCAGUUGUCCAUCCCCCUUUACCUUUAGAGCCGCCACCCCCAGACAAACUGCCUGUAAUGCCAGUGCCUAUUAAAAAUGAAAUUAUUGAUAAUGAUUACCCAGACCAAGAAAGUGGGCAGGAAUCUCCAAAUCUGACAACAGCUGAACUGUCAAUGGCUGAAACAGAAGAAACUUCACUAAGAUUAAAUGAAGAGCAAGAUAACCACGCAGAAAGGUCUAAAGUGACUGUUUGUAGGGAUUUUAUUAGAGGCACGUGUGUUAGAGUAGGAUGCAAAUAUGCACACCAAAGGGACUUGUCCCAGUUGAUGGGGGUGUAUACCUUUUGCCGCAAUUAUCAAAAUUCAGUUUGUACAUUACCGCUGUGCAAAUAUGUCCAUGCUACAGUGUUUGAAGAGCAAGAGUUCUACAGAACUGGAGUCCUACCACCACACUCCCAAUAUCAUUUUAAAAAGGCUUUCUAUAUGCUGCCGCCUCCACCACCUCCACCGCCACCACCUGAAGUAAACUCAAGCCCGCCAUGCACGCCAGAGGUGCUUAACGCAGUUGCCCUUCGGCGAAAUCCUUCAGAAAAACCUUUAAUAAGCUGUGUGCCUGUAUCUAAAUUGGAGUCUAAACCAGCCGAGAAUGAUUUCAGGCACAUGAUACAAGCCAUUACUUCCCCACUGAAAAGGGACUGGAACUCGAUAGAUCCAUUCACCUCCCCGCCGCGCGACCUCGACCACAAACAACUCUUCACAAAAAAAUGUAAACAUUGCGACAGUACGGACAUCAGACUUCAAUACAAUAAAGAAAAACUCGAGGCAAUAGAGAAAACGAGUAAAGAACUGAGAAUGAAAUCUAAGCUCCUCACGCAGAAGAGUCAAAACCUUUUUACCAUUCUCCUUACAGUAAUAAAAGAGCAGGCGGAAUCAGUUAACGGGUACAGCAAAUUAAAAGCCAAGCUGAACAUGUGUGGAGAAAAAGAAAGGGAAGUACUGCAGAACAUCAUUGAGAAUCACAGCACACAAGUCAGUAGCAAUAUUAUGUAAGCUAAAGCCAUAUUUAAUAUUAGGUAAUAUGUAAUUAUUAGGAUGACCACCAAUGUGUCUUCCACCAUACAAAACGCGGACGGUUCACAGUGUUUUAUCUCGUGCUUUCUGAACAUAACCAGCUGUAACCU